AUGAAUCAAUCAAAACUACUUGACCUACCAAACGAACUAUUAAUUGAAAUAUUUCAAUAUUUCGAUGUUAGUCAACUCUAUGUUUCACUAUAUGGAUUAUCAAUUCGACUGAACAACCUUGUCAAUAAAUGGCAUUCGAAACACCUAACUUUCAACACGAUUGAAACCAUCGACUUUGUACGUCAACAUACAGAUCUCGGACAAAUUCGUUCUCUUUCAAUAUCAAAUAGUGAUCAAAUGGUUUUAUUAAACGAGUUGUUCAACAUACCAGGUUUCCUUAGAAAUUGUCAAGCAUUAUUUAUAUACGAUAUUAUACCACUGGAUUUUAUUGAUUUAGUACCCCGUCUAACAUUGUUUCAGAGCUUAAAAUCACUAUCAGUCAUUCGAAACGUUGAAAUAAGUUAUCCAGAAGUUUACAAUAAUCUAUUCAAUAUGAUCAUAUGUAAAAGAAUACCAGCACUUAAAUAUCUUCAAUUAACUGUACCUUGUCGAGUACAAUUUCGUCCAUCCCGUUUGUCAUUAUCUCUGCCAACUCCUUCAAAUAAUCUGGAGCAAUUAAUUUUGAAUCCUGCCACCAGUGCAGAGUUAUCUUCUCUGUUUGGCUUUCUCCCCAGUUUAAAUCGAGUUUCAGCUGACUCUUUCUACUUCGGACAUCUGCAUGAUUUUCCAACAAAAGCCAAAAUAACACAUUUGAAAAUUAGGGUGAGCCGCUCUUCAGAUGCAACAUUUGAUAAUCUAGCAGUAUUUCUAGCGGAAACACCCCAGUUAAAAUCAUUCUCACUGCGGGCAUUUAAUCGACAUUUAGCUGAUGGAAAGAAGUUGGAACACAUCAUACAAAAAAAUAUUCCUUUAUUAAAGAAAUUUCAAUUUGAAUUUCUAAUAUCUGAAGUCAUUGAUAUUGAUAAGAUAAUGACCACUUUUCGAACAAACUUUUGGUUAAACAUUAAACAAUGGCUUGUCAAUUAUGAUUACAAAGUAUCUGGAACAAAACUACCAGGAUUUAUACAACGUCACAGAGUAGACAAGUUCUUUUGUAUCGAUAUCUGUACGAUAUUUCUUGAAUAA